AAAAUAGAGUGUUAUUGAAUCAGCUGUAAUUUCAACCGGUAAGGCGUAACAUGUCCUCUGUGUUGAAUGAAAUGUUGAAGUAGCGUCAUUGAUGCUUGUAGUAUAAUGUUAACGAAAUAUCACAUCUCCAUCGAACGCUGGUAUGCAAGACGAGACCGAAUUUGAUGUAGUUUUAGGCUCCCGCUGACUUAUAGACAGUCCAACUCCUACUUCAUUGAAGUCCCACUAAAGAGUGACUCGGAUACACGGUGGAUACCAACGGGAACUGGUCGUGGUGGCCGUCCUGGAGGCCAACAUCCAUGUCCCUUCUGAAGACUGCAGAGGCCAAGAUCCUUGCCUGUCUGCAUAAUGAUGUGUGGGCCCGCUUUGUGACCCUCCCUGAUCAGAACCGGAUAUGGACCCUCACCGUCACCAACAAAACAGUCCGCCGGGCCUCAGAACAAGCCUCUAAGACCCCUCUGGUAAUGGUGCAUGGCUUUGGUGGUGGGGUGGGCCUCUGGAUCCGUAACCUGGACUCGCUGAGCCGCUCACGACCCGUCCACGCCUUUGACUUGCUGGGGUUCAGCCGCAGCUCGCGGCCCCCUUUCCCCACGGACGCCGAGCUGGCCGAGGACCAGUCGGUCACCUCGAUUGAGCAGUGGAGGCAGACGGUGGGCCUGGAACGCAUGAUCCUGCUUGGGCACAGCCUAGGGGGAUACCUCGCCACGUCAUAUGCCAUACGCUACCCCGACAGAGUGUCCCACCUGAUCCUGGUGGACCCGUGGGGUUUCCCUGAGCGGCCACAGCCCGAGGCCAGUGACUCGGCAGGGCAGGGUCUGGAGGUGAAGAGGUCAGCACCGCCCCGCUGGGUCAAGGCCAUCGCAUCCCUGUUCAGCCUUUUCAACCCGCUGGCUGUCAUCAGAGCUGCAGGACCCUUGGGACCAGGCUUGGUUACGAGGUUUCGUCCUGACUUCAAACGGAAAUUUGAGGAUAUUUUUGAUGAUAACACUAUGACCGAAUACCUCUACCACUGUAACGCCCAGACCCCAAGUGGGGAGGUGGGCUUCAGGGCCAUGUCGGAGUCUCUGGGCUGGGCGAAGAGGCCUAUGAUGCAGCGGGUGCACCUGCUCCCGCCCGCGCUGCCUGUGACCAUGCUGUACGGAGCGCGCUCCUGGGUGGACAGCUCCUCUGGACACAGUGUGGCCCAGAUCAGAGGACAGAGCCCCACACGUGUCAUUGUGGUACCCAAUGCCUCUCAUCAUGUCUAUGCUGACCAGUAUGAAGUCUUCAAUAAUGAAGUGCAGAAACUCUGUGAUACUGUGGACUGAAUAUGUAGUGUGUGUGUCUGUGUCUGUGUGCGUGUGUCUGUGUCUGUGUUUGCCAG